CGUUCUUUCCUCCUCCCUUGGAUUGGAGCAAGGAAGAAGAAGAGCAAGAAGAAGAAGAAGAGCAAGAAGAAGAGCAAGAAGAAGAACGAGAGCAAGAAGGAAGAAGGAGAAGGAGAAGAACAAAAAGACGAAAGAAGAAGAAGAAAAGAGACAAGAAGAAGAAGACGAAGACGAAGACGAAGAAGAAGAAGAAGAAGAAUGGCUAUGGCGGUAGCCGCAGGAGGGGUACAGUGGACGGCUACUGCGGUCUCCGGUGGGGAUGAGAGUACCGUAAAGGUGAUGAGGAGGCAAGGAUUGGGAGGCAAAGGUGGAGGGGGAGGCGGUACGUCUGCAAUCUGUGGGUGGAAAACGAGUCAUCAUCAUAUGCGGCGAAGCACCAUAGCCUGGCGCAAGUAUAUUCAUCUCCCGCCGGCCAACAAUAGUGCUGUUGGUGGAGUAAAAUCGCGCCAGAACAGUCCCUCUCGUGUCUGGGAGGAGAAGGGAAGAAUGGAGAGAAUUGUGAGAAUGGAGGGAAUUGGGAGAAUGGGGAGAAUUGGGGGUGUGAAUGCUUGGGAGAGGGAAGGCAACUCGCACAUCGUCGUGGAAGAGGAGAAGAUUCGAGCACCGUCGGAUGUUGAUUCUGUCGCGAUUGGAAUAGCGGUCGUCGAUGAAGGAAGCGGAGUCGAUCAAAGAGGAGGAGAGAGAAGCGAGAAUGAUCAAAUACCGAGCAGAGGGGAAAACAAGCAGAGACAGCAGGAAGAUGAUGAUGAUGAUGAGGAGGAGGAGGAGAGGGAGGAGGAGAUGUGUGUAUUUGCAUGCACACAUGUCCUGCGAUCUGCGAGCAUUGAGGAGAAGGAUGAAGAGGGAAACAGAUUAGGGUUAGGGUUUAUCACGGACCGGGUUAUUAACGAUUUCGACAGUUCUGACAAAUCUGACAAUUCUGACAAUUCUGACAAAUCUGACAAAUCUGACAGAUACGGUAGAUUGGAUAGUAUUCGUAGCGUCCUGGUAAGUGCGGCAGAAGAUACGGUUUCUGGCAGGUCAGGUAGUUCUGACAAGUCUGACAGUUCUUCUGACAGAUAUGGUAGAUCUGACGGUGUUGGUAGCGUCCCGAUAAGUACGGCGGAGGAUAAGAUCUCUGCCAUGUCUGACAGUUCUGACAGCUCUGACGCUGUCGGUAGCGUCCUCUUAAGUACAGCGGAGGAUAGGGUCUCUGGUAGAUUUGAUAGUUGUGGACACUCUGAAAGUUCUUCUGACAGGUCUGAGGUAUCUGACAGAUCUAGUAGAUCUGAUGAUGGGGUCGGUAGCCUCCUGACGAGUACGGCCGAGGAGAAUAUGAUUUCUGGCAGACCUGACAAUUCUACUGACGAUUCCGAUAGAUCUGACGGACUUUGUAGAUCUGAUGGUGGUGCUGGUAGGGUCUCGAUAGCCACUCCCGAAGAUAAGGUUUCUGAGAUCUCUAUCAUCUCCGCUAGUCCAGAAGAUCAUGCUGCUGCAGCUGUUGCUGCUGCUGCUGAUGAUGAUGCUGAUGGUGAUGAUGAUGGAGGUGAUGAUGAUGGAGGAGAUGGUGAUUUUGGCGGGAAGAAGUUACGUAGAAGGAAACUCCAGGUUAGCGUCUCGACACCUACUCCUGAGGAUAAGAUUUCUGAGAUUUCUAUCACCUUCGCUGCUGCUAGUCCGGAAGAUGCUGCUGCUGCUGCUGCUGCUGCUGCUGAUGAUGAUGAUUGUAAUGCUGAUGGUAAUGCUGAUGGUGAUGAGGAUGGAGGUGAUGGAGGUGAUGGAGGUGAUGGUGAUUUCGGCGGGAGGAAGGCGCAGAGAAAGAAGCGGAGGGUUAUUGUCAGGAGACGAGUGGUAGUCAAGAAGCGGUCAGAUCGGAAGGGUGACGUGGCAAGAGAAGCACAGGAAGAUCGGAAGGGUGACGUGGCAAGAGAAGCACAGGAAGAAUCUUCGAUCGCGUCGAGAGAAGAAGUGACACGUGGCAGCUUCCGAGACCAGGAGAUGAUGAAUGCGUGGCGAGUCGAGAAGCGGCUCCCUGUCCGUCGAUCAAUUGGGGUUGAUCUGGGAAAUAAGCGGACCGGGAUCGCUGUCACGCAUGGCGGCAUGGCUCCGCGUGCGCUAGAGGUUGUCGAAGGUGCAAGCCACGCGCAGCUAGCUCAAGCUUUACUGAGAAUUGCACAAACGGAGGGUGCGGAUGAAUUUGUUGUGGGACUUCCGCUUUUGGCAAACGGGCAGCAAUCUGAGCAGGCAAGGAAGACGCGUUCAUUCGUUAACGUGCUAGCGGUUGCAGCAGCACAGAGGGGCUGGAGGGUCUUGAUGUUUGAUGAGUACAGCACAACGAAAUCAGCAAUGGACUACAUGCUGGCAACCUUUGGGCGGGAUGCACGAAUGGUGUGGCCCAAGGAUAGUCUGCUGCAGGAGAAGGUAAGGGAAAGUUUGCCUCGGGACCCCGUUGACGAUUUCGACUUUCUUGACGAUAUGUAAUCUGGGAAGAAGAGCUCUUUUGGCCACUGCAGCUUCUGAAGAUCUGAGUAUGAAGUUACUCACAGGUUAACUCAGCACGGAAGUUACUCCGCACAGAAGGUAAUCAAAAUUGAAGUUACUCUAAAGUUACUCUGAAGUUACUCUGAAGAUACUUCGAAGUUUACUCGGUCCUCAGAAGUUACGCAGAAGUUACGCAGAAGUUACGCAGAAGUUACUCAGACGUUGCACUGAAUUUAGAAGUUGUUCAGGAUGUUUUUGUAAUCUGGGAAGCUUAGCAUUGAAGGCUCUGAUGAUCUGAUCUGUGCAUCGGCGGCUAGGAUUUAAUCUGAGAAGCCUUGCAAUCCGUAUCAAGUUUUACUAAUCUUUUUUAUUUUUUUUUAGUAAUUUUGAACCUACAUUCUGGAUAUAGUUGUGGAUAAGCUCUGGUGUCUAAACGUUGGACGUAGAUUUGGAUGAGAAGUACAAAAUAGGGGCAACCUUCGUCCUAUAGAGAAUGGAUAGCUAUGCUGCAACUUCAUCUAAAAGGAGGGGAAAAUCUGCUCUAGACUCUAGAGUCUAAUCUCAAAUCUGUCUACCUGGAGUUAGUGGGUGUAUAGUACUGUAUACGUUGACAAAUACAGGUAAGGGAUGUGAUUUCCACAGGGAUGUGAUUUCCACUCGCACAUUUGCCGGGGAUAUAGGUAUCUAGUGUCUACUAUAUGGAGCAAAUGAAUGUGCUGUUGUUAGCUUAACCUGUCUAUUUAACAUUUAUUGGGGAUGUCUAAGUGGAGUUAGGAGAUAGAUAGAUGGAUAGACAGAUGGAUAAACGAUUUGCUAUAACAGUAUAACUCGUACGUCUCGUCAAGAGUUAAGAAGGAACAUUCAAUGCACUGUGACCUAGCCUGUCUAUUUAUUUAAUCUUCCUGCCAUCUUGGGGGAAAUGGUGGUCAUGGUGUCCUCCACCGACUGACAUCUGUUAUGACUGCAAAUCUGCCCUCCUCGCCAGGGCUGAUAACUUUAUAUAUAAGUUUAUAAUAGUUUUUAAGUUUUAUAAUAUUUUAGAUCCGUUCAGCACAGUUGAUAAUUUUAAUCUGCGUCGAAAAUCUGUUUAUCUGGGUAGAAGAAGUCCCAUGAAUGUGGAAAAAGACUGUCUCUUCAUCCACCUUGGAUUCUCGUCCAGUGUGGAUGAACAUUGAAAAUCUGAUUCUGAAAUUUCGGUGGGUAGGUUGGGAAACUUGGGAUGUAAUUUUUGUGUUUAGUUCGUUUAAUGAAGCUAAAUACCUUUG